AUGAACACCCCAACCUCCAAACGCCGCCGCAUCGAAUCCGCAAACGCAACCCUCCGCCGCCCCUUUCGCUCGCCCCUCGUCCGCGGGAGAUCCAACGCCUCAGCCCCAGCCCCAGCGCCAGACCCUGCGACGACUCCCGAACGAGAAACGACCCCGCUCAAGGAACGCGUAGCCAGUGGGGCAAAGCGAGCACGUUCUUCGGAGACAGGGUCUCAAAGUGCCGGGAGGGGUAAGGGUCGGGAUGCCGGCACGGAAGAGGUGCCGAGUUUUAGCUGGAGGGAACGCCGGCGUGAGAUGGAGGACGAGAACCGCAGGAUCGAGCAGGAAAUUUCCCGCCUGGAGAAUAUAGACCCCGUCUCUAAGGCGGCGUCUUGUAAAGAAUCGCCCGGCGGUGAGUUGGAUGGACUAUUUGAAAAGUGGAAGGCUGCAGCUCAACAGGCUGCUGAAGAGUUAUAUGAGGCCUCGAGGUUACGGGUUCAGAGUAUGGGCGGGCUUCGUGGCAUGAAGAGGCGGCAUGCCGAAUUCCUGGACCGUGAGGAGCAUGAGCUGCAGAGGUCUUCGACCAGCAAAGAGAACCUGGAUCAUGGCUACGAAUCCCUCUCCGAGACCGAAGAUGAAAACCGCGAGGAGGAGACUGAAAAGGAAGACGAAAAUCAGGAAUACACCAUGGGAGCCAUGCUCCGUAGUCUAAACAUCGACUUCAAUGUCAUAGGAUAUAACGAGACCGAAGAGACAUGGACAUAA